AUGCUCAUGCAGCGGUCCUCUGAUCAGUACACCUUUUGUGCGCGGGUGCCGAAGGGUAUCUCGACAGAGAUGGUUACCGUAUACGUCAAGCGCGGCUGCAGGCUGGCCAUCGUGGCGGAUGCGUGGCAUUUGGAACACGAUGCGCAUUUCAGCUGGGAAAUCGCUUUCACGCCUAAAGACGUGAACCUGGGUGGUGUGCAUGUUGUACUGGACGCGAGCGGCAACCUCACUCUAACGGUUCCUCGUCGUGGAUAUGCUUCUGAGAGCUGUGCUCUUCCGAUGUUCCUGUGA